GUGCUCUACCACUCUACCCUAAUCACACACCUGGAAUUACUUCUGUUUUAAAUCCAAAUUUUAAAGUAUUGUGUAUGGCUUUUUUUGCACUAUGACUGCAGGUUAGAAUAGUUGUAACACACUGUAUGGAACACAAAACCUAAAAUAUUUACUGUCUGGUUGUUAGUCUAUACCCCUUCCUGAGAUUCUUACUUGACCUCUUAAUGUUUCCAUCAUUAAGAAAAUUGUUAAACCUUACCUAAUGUAGUUUGUAUAAUGAAAAUAAUGGUUUCCCUCCUCUACAGCAUUGCAGUAUUGAAUAUCAGAUUACAUCCUUUCCCCUACUUCUCAGUCCUCCAAAGUAAGGAGAAAGGACUCAGACCCUGGAAGGGAGGCAGAUGAUCCAUUUGAUGAUCUUGAAGACCUUUGCACAAAAAUGAGGGAAAUACAAAGAACCAAAUAUAGUUCUGAAAUUCAGGAUCUAUAUUUUGAGAUGAUUUUUUAUUUUCGGAAUGAGAAGUAUAUCUGGUUAUCUUUAUGAAUGUAGAGACAUGAGAAGAGAGUUAUGAUGGCAAAAAACAAAGAGCCGCGCCCCCCAUCCUACACUAUCAGUAUAGUUGGACUCUCUGGGACUGAAAAAGACAAAGGUAACUGUGGAGUUGGAAAGUCUUGUUUGUGCAAUAGAUUUGUACGCUCAAAAGCAGAUGAAUAUUAUCCAGAGCAUACUUCUGUGCUCAGCACCAUUGACUUUGGAGGACGAGUAGUAAAUAAUGAUCACUUUUUGUACUGGGGUGACAUAACACUAAAUGGUGAAGAUGGAGUAGAAUGCAAAAUUCAUGUCAUUGAACAAACAGAAUUCAUUGAUGACCAGACUUUCUUGCCUCAUCGGAGUACAAAUUUACAACCGUAUAUAAAACGUGCAGCUGCUUCUAAAUUGCAGUCAGCAGAAAAACUAAUGUACAUUUGCACUGAUCAACUAGGCUUGGAGCAAGACUUUGAACAGAAGCAAAUGCCUGAAGGAAAGCUCAAUGUAGAUGGAUUUUUAUUGUGCAUUGAUGUAAGUCAGGGAUGUAAUAGAAAGUUUGAUGAUCAACUUAAAUUUGUGAAUAACCUUUUUGUCCAACUAUCAAAAUCAAAAAAGCCUGUAAUAAUAGCAGCAACUAAAUGUGAUGAAUGCGUGGAUCACUAUCUUAGAGAAGUUCAGGCAUUUGCUUCAAACAAAAAGAACCUUCUUGUAGUGGAAACAUCAGCACGAUUGAAUGUCAACAUUGAAACAUGUUUCACUGCACUGGUACAAAUGUUGGAUAAAACUCGUGGCAAACCUAAAAUUAUUCCCUAUCUGGAUGCUUUUAAAACACAGAGACAACUUGUUGUCACAGCAACAGAUAAGUUUGAAAAACUUGUGCAGACUGUGAGAGAUUAUCAUGCAACUUGGAAAACUGUUAGUAAUAAAUUAAAAAAUCAUCCUGAUUAUGAAGAAUACAUCAAUUUAGAGGGAACAAAAAAGGCCCGAAAUACUUUCUCAAAACAUAUAGAACAACUUAAACAGGAACAUAUAAGAAAAAGGAGAGAAGAAUAUAUAAAUACCUUACCAAGAGCUUUUAACACUCUUUUGCCAAAUCUAGAAGAGAUUGAACAUUUGAAUUGGUCAGAAGCUUUGAAGUUAAUGGAAAAGAGAGCAGAUUUUCAGUUAUGUUUUGUGGUGCUAGAAAAAACACCUUGGGAUGAAACUGACCAUAUAGACAAAAUUAAUGAUAGGCGAAUCCCAUUUGACCUCCUGAGCACUUUAGAAGCUGAAAAAGUCUAUCAGAACCAUGUACAACAUCUAAUAUCAGAGAAAAGGAGGGUAGAAAUGAAGGAAAAAUUCAAAAAGACUUUGGAAAAAAUUCAGUUUAUUUCACCUGGACAGCCAUGGGAGGAAGUCAUGUGCUUUGUUAUGGAGGAUGAAGCCUUCAAGUAUAUUACAGAGGCUGACAGCAAAGAGGUGUAUAGUAGGCAUCAGCGAGAAAUAGUUGAAAAAGCCAAAGAAGAGUUUCAGGAAAUGCUUUUUGAGCAUUCGGAACUUUUUUAUGAUUUAGAUCUUAAUGCAACACCUAGUUCAGAUAAAAUGAGUGAAAUUCAUACAGUUUUGAGUGAAGAACCUAGAUAUAAAGCUUUACAGAAACUUGCACCUGAUAGGGAGUCUCUUCUACUUAAGCAUAUAGGUUUUGUUUAUCAUCCUACUAAAGAAACAUGUCUUAGUGGCCAAAAUUGUAUGGACAUUAAAGUAGAGCAAUUACUUGCCAGUAGUCUUUUGCAGUUAGAUCAUGGUCGCUUAAGAUUGUAUCAUGAUAGUACCAAUAUAGAUAAAGUUAACCUUUUUAUUUUAGGGAAGGAUGGCCUUGCCCAAGAACUAGCAAAUGAGAUAAGGACACAAUCCACUGAUGAUGAGUAUGCCUUAGAUGGAAAAAUUUAUGAACUUGAUCUUCGACCAGUUGAUGCCAAUUCGCCUUACUUUUUAAGUCAGUUAUGGACUGCCGCCUUUAAACCACAUGGGUGCUUCUGUGUAUUUAAUUCCAUCGAGUCACUGAAUUUUAUUGGGGAAUUUAUUGGAAAAAUAAGAACUGAAGCUUCUCAGAUCAGAAAAGAUAAAUACAUGGCUAAUCUUCCAUUUACGUUAAUUCUGGCUAAUCAGAGAGAUUCUAUUACUAAGAACCUACCAAUUCUUAGGCAUCAAGGGCAACAGUUGGCAAACAAGUUACAAUGUCCUUUUGUAGAUGUACCUGCUGGUACAUAUCCUCGGAAGUUUAAUGAAACCCAAAUAAAACAAGCUCUAAGAGGAGUAUUAGAAUCAGUUAAACACAAUUUAGAUGUGGUGAGCCCAGUACCCACCAAUAAGGAUGUAUCAGAAGCUGACCUGAGAAUUGUCAUGUGUGCCAUGUGUGGUGAUCCAUUUAGUGUGGAUCUUAUUCUUUCACCCUUCCUUGAUUCUCAUUCUUGCAGCGCUGCUCAAGCUGGACAGAAUAAUUCCCUAAUGCUUGAUAAAAUCAUUGGUGAAAAAAGGAGGCGAAUACAGAUCACAAUAUUAUCAUAUCAUUCCUCAAUUGGAGUAAGGAAAGAUGAACUUGUUCAUGGAUAUAUAUUAGUUUAUUCUGCCAAACGGAAAGCAUCAAUGGGAAUGCUUCGAGCAUUUCUAUCAGAAGUUCAGGACACCAUUCCUGUACAACUGGUGGCAGUUACUGACAGCCAAGCAGAUUUUUUUGAAAAUGAGGCCAUCAAGGAGUUAAUGACUGAAGGAGAACACAUUGCAACUGAGAUCACUGCUAAAUUUACAGCAUUGUAUUCUUUAUCUCAGUAUCAUCGGCAAACCGAGGUCUUUACUCUGUUUUUCAGUGAUGUCCUAGAGAAAAAAAAUAUGAUAGAAAAUUCCUAUUUAUCUGAUAAUACAAGAGAAUCAACCCAUCAAAGUGAGGAUGUUUUUCUACCAUCUCCCAGAGAUUUUCCCUAUAACUACCCUGAUUCAGAUGAUGAUACAGAAGCACCGCCUCCUUAUAGUCCAAUUGGGGAUGAUGUGCAGUUGCUUCCAACACCUAGUGACCGUUCCAGAUAUAGAUUAGAUUUGGAAGGAAAUGAAUAUCCUAUUCAUAGCACCCCCAACUGUCAUGACCAUGAACGCAACCAUAAAGUGCCUCCACCUAUUAAACCUAAACCAGUUGUACCUAAGACUAAUGUGAAGAAACUGGAUCCAAACCUCUUAAAAACAAUAGAAGCUGGUAUUGGUAAAAAUCCAAGAAAACAGACUUCCCGGGUGCCUUUGGCACAUCCUGAAGAUAUGGAUCCUUCAGAUAACUAUGCGGAACCCAUUGAUACAAUUUUCAAACAGAAGGGCUGUUCUGAUGAGAUAUAUGUUGUCCCAGAUGAUAGCCAGAAUCGUAUUAAAAUUCGAAAUUCAUUUGUAAAUAACACCCAAGGAGAUGAAGAAAAUGGAUUUUCUGAUAGAACCUCAAAAAGUCAUGGGGAACGAAGGCCUUCAAAAUACAAAUAUAAAUCUAAAACCCUGUUUAGUAAAGCCAAGUCAUACUAUCGACGAACACAUUCAGAUGCAAGUGAUGAUGAGGCUUUCACUACUUCUAAAACAAAAAGAAAAGGAAGACAUCGUGGAAGUGAAGAAGAUCCCCUUCUUUCUCCUGUUGAAACUUGGAAAGGUGGUAUUGAUAAUCCUGCAAUCACUUCAGACCAGGAAUUAGAUGAUAAGAAAAUGAAGAAGAAAAUCCACAAAGUAAAAGAAGAUAAAAAGCAGAAGAAGAAAACUAAGAACUUCAAUCCACCAACACGUAGAAAUUGGGAAAGUAAUUACUUUGGGAUGCCCCUCCAGGAUCUGGUUACAGCUGAGAAGCCCAUACCACUAUUUGUUGAAAAAUGUGUGGAAUUCAUUGAAGAUACAGAUCAUAAUAUCAGUCUAGUAUCAAUGGAAGUAACAGUAAAUGCUGUAGCUGGAGCUCUUAAAGCUUUCUUUGCAGAUCUGCCAGAUCCUUUAAUUCCAUAUUCUCUUCAUCCAGAGUUAUUGGAAGCAGCAAAAAUCCCAGAUAAAACAGAACGUCUUCAUGCAUUGAAAGAAAUUGUUAAGAAGUUUCAUCCUGUAAACUAUGAUGUAUUCAGAUAUGUAAUAACACAUCUAAACAGGGUUAGUCAGCAAAAUAAAAUCAACCUAAUGACAGCAGACAACUUAUCCAUCUGUUUUUGGCCAACCUUGAUGAGACCUGAUUUUGAAAAACGAGAAUUUCUGUCUACCACUAAGAUCCAUCAGUCUGUUGUAGAAACAUUCAUUCAACAGUGUCAGUUUUUCUUUUACAAUGGAGAAAUUGUAGAAAUUGUGAAUACUGUUGCUCCUCCACCACCUUCAAAUCCAGGACAGUUGGUUGAACCAAUGGUACCGCUUCAGUUACCACCUCCACUGCAACCUCAGCUAAUACAACCACAGUUACAGACUGAUCCUCUUGGAAUUAUAUGAGUAGGAAGUGAUUGCAGACAGCCUGAAAAUGGACAGAAAGCAAACCUAGACAUGCAUGUUUCAGGGUUCAGUAGUAUACUUCAUGUUUCUUACAGAUUGAAAAUGAUGAGACAUUUUCUCUUUGAACUAUAUGGUAUUCUUUAUUCAUUUACAUUACAAAUUUAAGACCAUGUGCUAAGCAUGACUGGAGAGGUUUAAUUUUUAUAAACAAAAAUAGCUAUAAAAUACAAAAACUGCUGUUGCAUGCAACCUCAUUGCAAUCAGUGUAUCAUUCCUGUGGCAUUUUCUGUCACAUUAUAUUGUGAAUAAAAUUUUUCUAUAGAAAUUAAAUGAUUUAAAAGCUCACAUAUAUGAAACAUUUAAUGCUUUUCAGCCUACUUUAUGGCUGGUUUUGUUAUUUGAUGUACUAAUUUGGGCAACCUAAUUUACUUUACAUUUUAGCAGUCAGUGUAGAUAAUUAAAAGCCCAGUUAAGUAUUUUUUAAUUUCAGGCUACUUAUGCCAUGCUUGGGAUGUUGUUUGAAAGAAAGAAGAAUACACUUAACAUUUUUCUGCACCAUCUUUACUGCUAAGUAAACCUGUGGAUGAUACGAUGAGGGGUAAAAUGAGCAUAUUUCUUGUACACACAUACCAAGGACACACUUGUGGCUAAAGUGAGUUGAUAAUGUGCAAAGGAUAGUUGUCACCAACUCAUUUCUUUAUGGUACAUAUAAAAUAAACAUCUUGUAUACUGUUAAUUCUAUAAACAGAUGCAUGUUUAAAAGAUCUAUGAUGGUCUUGUAAUCUUAAUCUAAUAUAUUUUAGAUAUUUUAAUUUUUUCCCUCUUGGGAAAUACAUUUAGUAUAGUGUAGAAAAUACUUCAUGACAUUUUCAUAUAAGGUUAUAUAACUUUUCAUACAUAAACAUGAAAUUUGUUGUAGAAAAUUCAUUAAACCAAACAUUUUAAUCUAGGACUUCAAUUUAAUCUGUUUCUUGAAUCUAUUUUUAUGUGGCCCUUAAAAACAUCCAAAAAUCCAUUGCUAAUAUAGCAAUAAAAAUACUUUGGGUACUGACAGCCUCUUUGGAGUGUGUAUAUGUAUAAUUGCAACCUUGUAUUCAUAUUGUUUUCUGUGGUAUGUUGUACUAAAACCUAAAGUGUCUUUUGCACCAUUUUUUAACCAUUUUUUUCCUUUAAUGUUGGUACCAGAUUUGCUAUAAGUGACUGCUGCUUCUGGAGUUAAAUAUUUUGUUAGUGAAGAUACACCAGAACACUAAUUAUGGAUAAAAUUUUUAGCAUAGGUGGCAUAGGUAAAUUUUGUUAGGCUUUAUUCAAAAUUUGUUCAUUAUCAUACCAUGCCAUUUUUUUUUUCUGGAAAGGAAGAAAGCAUUUGUUUUUCAUUGUUUUGUGUACUAAAGAGAAAAUUCUUUGGUCCAUGUUGUAAUCUUUAUUCAUACUACAAUUUUAAGGUUGUCUUAUGUGUAUUAUAGUAAACAGACGAUUUUGAGAUUCCAGGCUCCUAAGAGUUUGAUUUGCUCCAUUUUUUCCUAAAAUAAAUGUUGUCUUUCCCAACUGUUAUGUCCUAGGUAUGUACUUCUAAUUUCAACUUCAGAAUCAAGAUGUCGACAUGAACCAGGCUGCUGUUAAAGUACAUGUAUAUUAUAAAUUAUUUGUGUUAUACUCUUACAUGUUAUUAUCUUUUCUAAGAAAACAAAGUCCCUAUUAUUCCUAUUGCAGAGCACACAGGAAUUAAGAAAGUACAGUAAUUUUUAAAAAGAAAAAUCCGGUAAAUGUAGUAUUCUUAACUUGUUAUAUAUUACUUAUACCUGUUGUCUACAUAGCUUUAAUUUAUAGCUGUCAGUUUAACAUUGGCAUGUUUGGCAAAGAAAAGUAAACUUUAAGAGUUUUAUAAACUGUUUCUAGGUUGCUAAAAAAUUUAUUUUUCUACUAUAUAUGGUAUAGACAAAGCUCAAAACUAUGUACAGGAAAAAAGCCUGACCAUUUCUUUGGAAGUAGGCUGAAAAGAGAAUUUUCAGAACUGUUUGUGUCUUCAGUUCACUUUCUCAUAACUUGGCUGUUGUUAAUAUGUGAAUCCCAGUUUAUUUAAGCUAUUCUCUUUUAUACUGUGUUAAUUUAACUUUCAUGUUUAUUUAGAAUCAUCUUUGUUAUUAAAACUAUCAUUUAUCAUUUUCUACAUUAACUACCUUAUACCUUCCCUAAAACUUAUCUCCACUUUUCUAUGCAUACUCUAAUUGAUUUGAAAAUCUUCAGGGUGAGUCAUUUGAAAGUAUACAUUUGGUUCAACCAAUCAGAAGAUUACAGUUAAUUGAAAAUUAAAGUACAGUUUAAACCUCAGUCUGUUACACUGAAUUGAUUGUGUUUGUUUUACCAAGGGUUUAGAAAAUGUUUUUAAAUAUUAGAAAAAUAAUUUUAAGAACAGAAUAAUAUAAUUAAACUUUUUUCUGAUAAGUUA